AUGGAGCAGGAAACUAUUAUGGGCCUGGAUUACAAUGAACUGAGAAAGCAGUUGAAGUCGAAGCGAUUGUCAGCGGCUGGAAAAAAGACUGAUUUGCAGAAACGCCUGCUUGAUGUGAGUUUUGUUAAGUUUUUCUUCAUAAAACAUGUAAUUGUUUCAGUUUUUCUUAUCUGAAAAAGUAGCUGAACCAGUUGUUGAGCAAGAAGAAGAAGAGGAAGAAACAAUGGAUGUAUCAUCUCCAGCUGUAACCAACAGAACGCAUGAUUUCACUCGUAAGUUUUCAUUUUUUCAACAUGAAUUUGAAAAUAAUGAAGUUAUAGAUGAACAAACGCCGACAAAUCAAGUAAAUCUUGUUUUGGACGAGGAAACAAGACAAAAACUGUGUGAAGAAUAUGGAAUUGAUGAUCACAGUUUCCGUAAGUUUUAUUGAAGCUUGAUUGAAAUAAAUAAUUUGCUGGUUUUCAGACAUAAAACCAAGAAACAGCGCGGCUCGUACUUCAGCAAGAAAAUCUAUCCGAAAAUCAAAUGUAGUGGUUUCUGAAGCUCUUCCAACUACUGAGCAUGUUGAGGAAAAUCGCGAGAAGACUCCAACCAGAUUGAAAGCACCGAAAAAUUGUGAGUUUCAGUUAGUUUUUGAGAAUUUAUUUUGAAAAAAGAACUUAAUUCUAGAUCGAGAUCAUUUUGCAAAAAUCCACGAGAAACAAAACGAAAAAAUGGAGUCGAUUUUGGACCACCAGGAAAAGGUUUUGAAGAGACAUCAAGAAUUGACACAAGAUUGUCCAACAUCGAUUAAAAGAUUGGCAACACCAAAGAGUGUUAAGAAGCGUGAACCACUCAGACAAAAGUAUGUUGAUUUUUUUUGUGUGAAAAAUUAGGACAAUGAAACAUUUUAGGGAUUGGAAAGAAACAAAUCCGGAAAAUAUGACAUUCAAAUUCGGUGAGGAAGAGGUAGAAGAUUUCAAACAAGUUGCGAAACCAAAGUCAGGAACUCCCUCAAGUGUCAAGAAAACAGCCAAAAGAGUGAGUUAUCUCAAAUCCUCUUAAAAAUUACUGAAAAUAUUAUUUUUAAAGGAACAUAGAGAUGUGAAACAAAUCACUCGCGUUGGAGGUUAUACUCCACACACAUUUUCGGCUCGUAAAAAGUUCAUCGACACAACAAAAUUGACCGAUAGAGAAUAUGAUUUGGCAUUGGAAGAGGGAUUGAUUCCUGGAAAAUCGGCAAGGUUUGUAUUUAUUUAUUUAUAAAACUUGGAUUUUUCAUUUAUGAUUAAUAAUAAUUAUUUUCCAGAGAAUCAGCGAAGAAACCACGCCGCGGAGCCGAAUCGAAAAAACGUCGCGAUGAUAUCAUCGCAUUGAAAAGAAAAUUGAGAAUCGAAUGA